GACGCGUAGCGAACAACGCGGGUUCCCUCUUCGGAUUCGUUGCAAACGGCGUUCGCGUGCACGGGCGCGGCUUUGCGUCUCCGAGCUGGCGUUUUACGCGGUAAAAUGUCCUCUCUCGAUUAUCUGGACCUGUGUCGGCUGUGUCUCGUGAAGGAUCGCGUUUCCGUGCCGAUCUUCGAAGGCGAGGGCGACGUGCGGCAGAUUUUUCUCAAGAUCACCGCCUGCUUGCCGGUCAAGGUGGCCAGAGAAGAUAAAUUACCCAAGAAGAUAUGUGACGACUGUGUGUAUAAAGUAGAAUUAAUUUAUCAAUUUUGGCAUACGACAGCAAACGCAGAGAAACAGUUACUACAAUGGCUAGGCGAAGUAAACAUGGAAGACAAACAGGGUUACGUUGGCACUGUUCUCAAUCCGAAUGGUAUGAAACCAGAUCAAAGCAACGAGAACAGGUUAGAUGGUUCUGUGAUGCAACAAGUAAACGAACAUCAGAACAAUAUGACUAUGGGUAUGAUGGACAAUAUGGGUUUGACUAUGCCUAUGAUGAUGUCGAGCAAUACCCAACAACAAAUAACCUCAGUUCCUAUAGACAACAGUGGUAACUCUGUACAAAAUGUCCAACCAGUAGCUGGACCAAGUACACAAACGUCACAUGACCAAAUUACGCAGAAUCAAACAAAUACAUCUACACAGCAAGAAGAAGAAGAGGAGAGUAGUGAAGAAGAAGAAAACUCGGAUGAUGAAUGCGAUGGAGAUGAAGGCCUACCUAUAAAAGAAGAAAGUGAAGAAGAUCCUAAUAACAGUAGAACUGUUGAGCCUACAACAUUUGUCAAUGUCUCUCUGGCGUGCGACGAGGCAGGUCCUUCUGGGCUUCAACAACAAAAAAUUGCUGAUAUGCCUGAGAUGGUAAUGUCACAAACAUCAGACGUGGAUGCAAAAACUGGGUACAGCCUACCAUUUUCCGAAGAAUUUUACCCGAUGGAAAUAUUCUCUAAGCUCGACUUGAUGAAGAAGAAUAACGAGCGCGCCAAAUCCACGUUGAAGUGCGAGGAAUCAACGGACACGACUGACGAGGCCGUGGCUUCAACGAAUCCUGAACAAAGCGUUAUAAAGCAAGAGGUGAACGACGAGGACGACGACGACGAUCUACCUUUGGCAUAUCACUGUAAGCUCUGCGGCGUCUUCUUCGCCUCGCAAUCCUUGUUGGAUAACCAUGAGGUCGAGCACAAAGGUAAGCGGAAGAAUACAUGCGCUCAAUGCGGCCGGGUCUUCAGAACUGGUGUGAGCCUUCGCAAGCACAUGAAGAUGCAUUCGGUACGUAAAAGCGGUCGCAAAAGCAAUUCCUCAGCAGUGACUGGCCGUACCACGUCCUUGAAGAAGGUGAAGAAAGAAAAAUCCGAACUGGAGUUUGUCUGCAAGACCUGUAACAAAGUCUUUCGGCACAAGAGUAACUAUCAAAAGCACUUGUUGCGCCACACCGUAGGAGACCUCCCCUGUAAACACUGCCCUAAGAAAUUUCGAUUGUUUCGUGAUCUAACGAGGCACGAGAAGACGCAUUUCUUACCGAGUUACAUGUGCAAGGAGUGCGAUUACGAGACCACCGUUCUAGCGGCUCUGAGCAUUCAUAUGACGCGACACAUGGACAAAGCGGAUCUGCCAUUCAAGUGCAACGAAUGUGACAAGCGUUUCCGGAAGAAGCUCGAUCUUCAGGAGCAUUAUAACAUUCACUCGGGCGAAAAACCAUUCGUCUGUCAACUCUGCAACAACGCCUUCUAUCUCAGACGACAGCUCUCCGCGCACUGUAGACGCACGCAUCCCGAAUUGAAAGCAAACAAGGUGACCAGCACCGCUUGUGAUAUCUGCGGCCGCGUACUCGCCACGAAAAGAUCGCUCUUCCGGCACAAGGAGAGCCACAAUCCGACGAAGCUCUAUCUCUGCGAUUAUUGCGGCAAGAGUCUCAGUAGCGCUGAGCACCUGAAAAAGCAUCGACGGAUUCAUACGGGAGAGAAACCAUACGUCUGCGAUAUCUGCGGAAAAGGUUUUACCGAUUCUGAAAAUCUGAGAAUGCACAGAAGGGUGCACACAGGGGAGAAACCAUACAAAUGCGAUCAAUGUCCGAAAGCGUUUUCGCAGAGAUCGACGUUGACAAUUCACAGACGCGGACACACCGGAGAACGACCCUACGUUUGUCAGAUAUGCAACCGUGGAUUCUCCUGCCAGGGUAACUUGACGGCCCACCAGAAGUCUACCUGCGUCUAAGCCUUGACGAACCUUUUUUUCUGUGCUUAAAACUCUUGUUGGUGCCGCGUUGACGAUUAAACUAUGACGACCACAUUUAACGAUAAGAAUAGCGUGAUAGUAUACGUGAUUAUUACGUUGUUACUUAUGUAUUGUGACAACAGAAGAGACUGGAAGAACUUUUUAUCAUAUAGAUUAUAUAUAGUAUAUAGUAUAUAUAUACGUAGAUAUAUAUAUAUACUAUGACUAUGUUGAGCAACGUCAAUGAAACGAUGUUGAAUCGAUACUUGUCGAUACAAAAAUCUCUACGAUAUCUUUUGUAUACUGGUUAUAAUAUUUGCGUGCUCAAAAGACAAAGUUACGCGCGAUUUUAUCCGUUUGGUUUUAUGAAUUAAACCUUUGUACUAUCCGUGCUCAAAGUGUUCCGUUACGAAUAUAUUGUUGUUCUAUUUUUUCAGUGUAGAUAGGUAAGAAUAUCUUGUAAGUCGAACACAAUGCCAAUGCUGUUGAACAAAAAAACAAUUCGUUUUUAUCAUUUUUCUCUCGUUUCUUUUUUUUUUAAUUUUACACAGGCGAGAUAGUAACACUCCAAGCUUGCUCGUUCGAAUAAAGCAUCGAUAAAUUUAUGUUAAUGAUCAUUGACGAUUCGUUAUUAUACGUUUAAUAAAAUAUCUCGUACAUCAAAGGUGUAUGACUACGAAACUGUUUUAUCGAUUAAAUUAGUUCCUUAAUCUUGAAGCGAACGAGCAUUAUUUUCUUCCCAACACUAUUAUAUAGAUUGCGAAAUUAAUCCUUGUGUCAUUUAUUCUCGUAAGAUACUCCAGAUGGUCAAGAGAAGAUAUCAACGAACGACAUGGUGACGUGACUGCGUAUAACAUGCUGA